AUGGAGGAGGAGGAGAAGAGGAGUGCGAGCCACUGUGCUGAAAUGCCACAAAGCAUAUCUGGCUUGAGCCCCGAAGACGCCGAGUUCCUCGCCACCUAUCCGGUCGAGAGCCAGAGGCGGGCUAUUCGCAAGGUCGACUGGAGGCUCAUUCCCAUGCUACUGUUCCUGUACCUAAUCACCUACCUCGACAAGACCAAUAUCGGCAACGCGAAGAUUGAGGGGCUGCUCUCUAGCCUACAUAUGAAAGAAGACCAGUACAAUAUCGCCUUGUCAAUAUUCUUCAUACCGUACAUCCUUGCCGAAGUUCCGAGCAACAUGAUCCUGGAGAAGUUCAAAAAACCUUCCAUCUUUAUGGGACUCAUUGUCCUUAGCUGGGGUGUCGUGAUGACCUUUACUGGCCUCAUUCAGAACUUCUCUCAACUGUGCGCUCUCCGAUUUCUCCUCGGACUGUUUGAAGCGGGAUUCUUUCCCGGAGCCAUUUUAUUGGUUUCGAAGUGGUAUAUGCCCCACGAAACCCAAACCCGUAUUGCUCUGCUCUAUUCUUCUGCCGCAUCUGGAGGCGCUUUCUCUGGAUUGCUGGCUUUUGGCAUCACGAAGAUGAAUGGCCUUGGUGGCCUUGAAGGAUGGAGAUGGAUAUUCAUCAUUGAAGGUUUAGCCACAGUCAUCAUGGGCGGGCUCUGCUUCUUGCUCCUCAUUGACUCGCCUGUUCUUUCCCACCGCUGGCUCCAGCCCGACGAGAUUCGAUUCCUUGAGCUCCGUCAGGCCGCUCGCAGGGUAGAGCUCGUCAAAGAAGGCGGCAAGAAGCGGUUUGAUAAAGAUGCUUUGCUUGCCGUUCUCUGCGACUGGAAAAUUUACCUCCUCGUUUUUGGCAGCUGGUCUAACGCGGUGCCAAACUACGCCAUGAAGUUCACAAUGCCAACAAUUGUCAAGUCGAUGGGGUUCACCUCAGCCACCGCUCAGCUUCUUACAAUCCCUCCCUAUGCCUGUGGUGCCAUCUCCGCCUUUGUUUUAGCAAUGCUUGCCGACAAGUGUAGAUGGCGUAUGCCCUUCAUCGUGGGACCGCAAUUGCUAUUAAUCGUGGCGUUUACGAUUCUCUUCGUCAAAGCUGCGGAAAUCUCGCGUAACAUCGGCCUCUGCUACUUCGCUGUUUGUCUCGCCUGCACAGGCAUGUAUCCUAUCUUCCCCGGUGUCAACGCCUGGAAUGUCGCGAACUCAGCCGGUGCUGCGAAACGGGCAAUCAGCAUCGGCUACCUCGUCUGCGCCGGCAACAUCGGUGGCGUCAUUGGAAGUUACAUCUACAAAGAUGACGAAGCCCCGAGAUAUCCCACCGGUUACGGGAACUCGCUUGCAUUUGCAUCGGCUGGUAUCGUUGCGAUGCUUGUGCUCGAGUUCGCGCUUUGGUCGAUCAAUAAGAAGAAUGCCAAGAUGACCGAGGAUGAGGUGCGCCAACUCUACAGCGAGGAGGAUUUGCAUAAGCUUGGUGAUCGGAGUCCUCUCUUCAAAUAUGCUCUUUAG